AUGUUUUGUAAUAAGCAACAUAACGCAGAGAACUGCAUUGUAAUUAAAAAUUAUAAGAAAACCAUUGACUGUCCUUCUCUAACAAAGAACGCGAAUAAUCAUAAUCACUCAAAUUCAAAACUAAAGCUCGCUCAUUUGAAUGUCAGAUCUCUGAAAAAUAGAGAUAAUUUGAUCCAGUUGAGGGAACUUAAUGGCGAACAUCAGUACGACAUUUUAACGAUAUCGGAAUCAUGGCUUAAUUCCACAGUAAAAAAUUCAGAAGUUGAAAUUGAAGGUUACAGACUGUUGCGGUUGGAUCGCCUUGGUAAACGUGGAGGUGGUGUUUGUGUUUUUACUCGUAACUCACUGAAAACAAAGAUUAUAAAGGAUAUAUCUGUAAUUUCAUCAAUGGGUUUUCAUCAAUUGUGGAUAUUAAUCCAACAUAAGAAAAUGAAAUCUAUUGUGCUAUGUGUUGCUUAUAGACCUCCUGACUGUCCAGUUUCCUGUUUCGUGGACGAUUUCAUGGACAACUAUUCAUAUGCACUUACUUUGAAAAAAGAUAUAUUCGUAGUGGGUGAUCUAAAUUGUAACUUAUUAAAAAGUGGUCCAGAAUCUGAUGCGUUGAACGAAUUGUGCAGCAGCUUGAAUUUAUUCCAACUUAUCAAGGAACCAACUAGGGUGACUUUGCAGUCCUCAUCUCUCAUCGAUGUGAUUUUAACAUCUAACACAAGCUUGGUAGUGGAAAGUGGAGUUGAAGAAACGCACAUCAGUGACCACUUUCUGGUUUAUUCAAUAUUAAAGCUUAAAUUGCCUAAGAAAUUACCUGAUUACAUGGUCAUAAGAAGUUUUAAGAAUUAUUCUUCUGAAGCGUUUAAAAAUGAUCUAGAACAGCUGAUUUGGCAAGAAAAUCCAAUUGACCAGGGCGUUAACCAGCGACUGGACAAUUUUAAUCAGAAAUUUCUAAGUGUAUUAGAUAUGCAUGCCCCGAUAAAGACUGUUAAGAUUAAACGUCGCUUGUGCCCUUUUGUUGACCAGGAAAUUGUUCAACUUAUGAAAAAAAGAAAUGCGCUGCAUAAACUUGCCCGCCAAACCCUGCAGGCCUUGGACUGGGACAGAUAUCGUUCAUGUAGAAAUCAAAUUAAAAGAAAAUUGAGAGAAUCCGAGAGAAAAUUUGUGUAUAAAAGAAUUAAUGACAAAAAUAGCAACAACAACUCCCUUUGGAAAACUGUAAGAGAAUGUAUUCCUAGAAAUGAAAAAACACGUUUAACUUAUUCUGGGAAUGUCGUUGAAGUAGCGAACAAAUUUAAUGAAUACUUUUCUUCAGUCGGAGCAAAAGCGGCAGAAGAAUCGAAGAAUCCAAAGCGUUGAUUACUUCAUAUGGUCUUACAUCGACUCAUCCAGAGAUACCACAUAAAUUUAGUGCAGAAAUUGACAAGUUUCAUUUUCACCCUGUGUCCUGUGACGUGAUUCGUAAAAUUGUGUGUUCUUUUCCAUCCAAUAAGUCCCCUGGACCAGAUAAAGUUUCUGUGAAAGUGAUCAAAGAUGCCCUACCAUACAUUCUUCAACCUCUUACGGAUAUUGUUAACUGCUCUUUAAGAGAAUCUUUGUUUCCCAGCGCCUGGAAGUUGUCAGAAGUUAUUCCCCUAUUAAAAGAAGGGGAUCACGAAAUUGCUAAAAAUAAUCGGCCAAUUUCCUUGCUACUUGCUGCAUCAAAGAUCUGCGAGCGUGUAGUUUUGGAACAAUUUACCGCAUAUGUGGAACAGAAGAAAUGCUUAAGCGUACACCAAAGUGGAAACAGGAAGCUGCACUCCACUGAAACAUUGAAUUUAUUUAUAUCGGAUAAGAUCUUAAAGUCUAUGGACGACAAGGAGGUCGUAGCUGUAAUUCUACUAGACCUUUCUAAAGCAUUUGACAGUAUCGAUCAUGUAUUGCUUCUAAAAAAGCUCCAAGUAUUGGGAGUGUCCGAUGACGCUUUAUGUUGGUUUAAGAGUUACUUGACAGGACGACAGCAGGUUGUGCGCAUUGGAUCGACUGUCUCUGAAACACGCACACUCAAUCAUGGCGUUCCGCAGGGCUCAAUUCUCGGUCCCAUGUUAUUCAACAUAUAUAUUAAUGAUUUACCUAUGGUACCAAAGAAUGGUAAUUUGAAGUCUUACGUCGACGACUCGAAGCUACUUUUGUCAUUUUCCGUCAAUGAAGUGAACUCAGCGGCUGCUAAGCUUAACGAAGAUCUACGGAGAGUCGUUUCUUGGUGUUCUCUAAAUAGUCUGCUUAUUAAUCCCAAUAAGACGAAAUUACUUGUGUUCGCAACUCGUUAUAUGUUGAAACAGAUACCGGCAGAUUUCCAUAUUUUACUAUUGGGGAAAAAACUGUUUCCUGUGACCUCAGCCACUGAUCUAGGCGUGACACUGGAUAGUGGUUUGACGUACGAUGAACACGUCACAAAACUGGUUUCCUCUUGUGUCGGUAGCCUGUGUCAAAUUAAUAGAGCAAGGCACCUUUUUGAUAUGAAGACGUUAAUUCUUUUAAUAAACGCGUUGGUUUUUAGUAAACUCUAUUACUGUUCAACCAUAUGGUCUAAUUCAUCGAAGAAAAACAUUGCAAAAUUGCAAAAAGUUCAGAAUUUCGCAGCACGUAUUGUCACGGGCACAAAAAAAUUCGACCAUAUCACUCCAUCUUUAAAACAGCUUAACUGGUUACCAGUCAAUUAUAUGUUGCGAUUCCGAGAUACAGUAAUGGCUUAUAAGUGUGUUAAUGGUAUGGCCCCAUCAUAUUUAUGUCGUAUGUUCCAAACAAGAUCACAAUUACACAAUUUGAACACAAGAUCUUGCGAAUUAUUGGAAAUACCUUUAUAUAGAACAGCGACCGGACAACGUUCUUUUCGCUACCGAGCUUCUUGUUUAUGGAACAGUUUGCCAGAAUGGCUAAAAGACCAUAAUCUUAAUUUGGAACGUUUUAAAAGCGGGCUACGAAGUUAUUUGGUUCAACAAUUUCUCGAUGAAUAG